AAAAACAUUGCAUAUUGAAAUGUAAUGUUUCCAGUAAAAUGUAGUUUUUUAAACUUUGAAAAAAAAAAGAAAACUUUCUGAUAGUGGAGAAUAACCGUACACUAUGUUGGAAAAUCAUUGAAUCGGUGCAAAUUUUAAAGAACAUUUGUUGAUAAAAGUUUAAAAACACUUAUUAUAAAUUAAAAAGAAAUGUGUUGUUAUAUAAUUAAAAAAUCUACUUUUUUAAAGAAUAUUAUAAAAUUUUUUGAAAAAACGUCGAAAAAUUAAGAAAAUCAAAUUCAUGUUUUACUUUUAUAUUUUUAACUGAAUUAUUAAAUUACUAAUAUUAAGAAUACUUUGAAUAAAUUUGAUGUUUAUAAUAAACUUAUUUUAAAUAAAUUACGUACCAAAUUUUGAUAUCAUAUUCUCUUUAUUGAUCUAAAUGACUUUUAAGAAACUUGAAUUUUGAAUGUGACAUCGUUUUCUAGGAAAUCUUAGAUUAAUGAUCAAUGAUUCCUUGUUAAUCUGUAACUAAACUUAUCACGUAUUAUGUUAUUACAUAUUUACGUCAAGUAUGUUAGAUUCUAUGAAAUGACUUAUCAAAUAAAUGAUAACAAUAAAUUUAAUGAUUCGUCAUCCCGAACUUAUUAAAUUUAUAAUGUUAAAAUAUUUCACGCAUCAUUAUAAUUACAUUGGUGAAAAUAAAGAUUUAUUUUUUGGCAAAAAUUUUGUUGUUCUUCGCGGAAAUAGACGGCGGAAGAUAAAAGCUUGGCCAAUAUUUCAAGUCGGUUUUUAAGAGUAUGCGUUAACACUUGGUCAAAAACUAUAGCGUACAAAACUAUGAGUGUAAAAUUCUUGGCGAUUCUGCGAAGAAGAAGCUAGUGAUAAGGUAUAUGGACAUAAAAAUAAUUUAGUAAAUUUUAAUGUAACAAGGAGUCAACAGCAUUUAAAAAAUUAAAAUUGGAGAAUUUAAAGAAUUAUAGUUCAUAAAGGUAAUUUUGAUUGACAAGACUGUUACUAAUAUCUUUGUGUUUGUUAGAAAUUACUUCACUGGUAUAAAAUUCAUUAUGCAUGUUCAAAAAUCUAUAUACAAAAUAUUGAGCACUGCUUUUACGAUUAUCAUAAUGAAAAGUAUGUUUAAGCAAAUAUCAAACUGCAGCGUCAAUUUUGCCAAUUAUUUGAGUCGUGUCAUCAACACCUGUAAAACCAUUAUAAAACUGUUUAUUAUAAAGGACAAGGUAUACACCGAGUUAUAUACCGAGGGGUUUCUCGAAAGAAUGACAGUUCCAAUUACAGAGCAUAUCUUCUUUUCGAUAUUGUGUCUUAGAAUGUGUCUAUCAGUUAACAAAUUUAUGUUGCUGAAGAGGAAGCUUUUACUUUUUCACUUGUUAGCAUAUUGCGAGUUAAAACCCUGCAACAAGACAUCGAUACUAACAAAGAUAGCUAAAGACGAUUUCACAUUAGAGUCUGAAGAUGGUUUUGGAUUGGAUGUGAUUCCACAAGAAAAAAUAAGCAUUAUAUUUUAUCGCAGAUAACGUUAUGAAUGAAUAAGUAAGCUGUAAGGAAACUUCAUCAAAUUUACUAUUGUAAAAUUUGUAAUUAAUCCAUCAAAAAGUGUCAAAAGAUUCUGUUAUACUUUAUUAGUAACAUUUUAUCAACAAAUAAGAAUUCGUAGUUUGCAAUGAGUUACUUUUGAUUAGUUAAAUAUAUUGUGUAAAUUUCUGAAAUUAAAAAUUAGAAUUUAUUAUUCAAAUAGUAAUGAUUAUACUGCAAUAAAAUAAAAAAAUUUGUAGUAAAACAUAUUGGGAUAAAUAGAACAUUAUAUAUUUCAAGUUUUGUUCAAAUUGCAGGGAAAAAUCGAAAAACAAAAUGAUGAUGCAAAAUUUGUUAUGCAUGAUUGUUCGAUAAGAUGUGUGUACCGAUGUAUAAGAUUAAGCGAAGUGUAAAGUUGCUAAGUCAUUGAUACUUCAUUGAUACAUCUGCAUGUUUUAAUAUAUGUAAACAGUGAUUCGCAAAAACACAUAAAAUAUUUUACACAAGUAUUGUAUUAUAAAAAAAAUAGAAAGAAGAAUAUUAUAUAUUGUAUUACGAUAUGUUAUAUGUAGUUGACAAUUCUGAUAUUAGUUGUAUAAUCGUGAUAAUUGCAAUUAAAUGUACUAGGUUUUGCAAGAAACGUCCAACUCAUAUAAAGUCCGUUUCGAGAAAAAUGCAGAUAAUAUUUGAUGUGAUUUAAAAAUGUAGGUAUAAAUUGUUUUUUCUAAUUUUUUUAUUUUAUUUGAUUAAUUUAGGCAUAUUAAGCUUGGAUGUUUUUUAUUUGAUUAGUAGAAAAAUGUAUGGACUAUCCAUUGAUAACAAUAAUUUAAAAAUUACAAUUUUAUGGGUUUGACGUUUCUUGCAUAAACUAUGGCCAAUUAUAAUUUUCGUAAAUUUUUAAUUACCUAAUUAUUAUUCUGAUUGUUUCUUAAUCCACUUUCUUUUUGUCUGCUGUUUCUUUCAGUUACAAUAGCGAUGUUUUUACAUAAAAGAUAUUCCUCAAAUGAUAAGAAUAGAGUUGUUAUUAUUUUUCAUUAAGAAGAUUAUAGAGGAAGUCGACAUGGAAAGGUUUAAAGAUCAAGUAUUGCUUAUUGUAUCACGAUCAUCGGUCAAUUUCUAACUUGUAACGUAACAUUUUUCUUGCAAUGAAUUGUGCAAUUAUUGUUGAUAUAAGUUUCUUAAUUACAUGCUGUUGAAUUCUUCGAAACGUAUCUUUAUAAUUCGUCAUAUUUAUAAGAUAAAGUCUAUACAGAAUAUUGAGAUAUUAUGUGAAUGAUAAUACUUUAUCACUAUUAUCGUUUAUUAUGAACAAUUAACCGAUAAAUUCAGAUGAUACAAUAUAUAUGUACCUUACAUUGCAGAAUAUUGUGAAAUAUUUUCCUUCUAACGCUAACUCAAGUUGAAUAUUUAGUUAUUAUUUCAUUUCCAUAUGAGGUCAUCUCCAAAUCUCUCGUGCGAUUAGCAACGAUGAUUGCUGCUGGGCGAUUGUAUCUUUUUGCGCAUACAUUUGGUGGUAAGUUCAGUCUUCAUCGUAUCUUAUUUAAAAAAAUUCUUCAAAUUUUCUUCAGAUAAAUUUAUUGUUAAAUGAAGAAUAUUAUGAGAUAUGCCACAAAUUUCCAUUGCUUAAUCUAAAUUUAUUAAAAAAUUAAAGCAACAGCACCAAAUUCAUCAUUAAAUUUAAGAAUUCUUUAUUUAAGAAUAAAAUGUUCUUUUCUCUUAACAAUAAUUAUGUUUGUCCCUAUAUCAUCAAUCUUUACGAUACAAAGAAGACUAAUAUCAUUGAAUACAGAAAUUCUUUCACUGUUGUGUAAUUGCACGUAAUACAAUCCCCACCCCGCUCCCCGCAAUUUUAUCUUUGUCGUGUAAUAUAUAAGAGAAAUAUCGUAUGUGUGGAUAGCAAUUGACCGUCAUUCUCCGAUGCGUAACAGCGGCCAUUUUAAUAACGUCACAUAACAUACGAACAGAUCUGUGUAGUAAAGUGUGCAUUACGAUUUCUUUGUUAUUCAGUAGCGUCGCGUAAACGCAAUUGAUAACAUGAUUUACGCAAUUGUUUUAUCAGUGAUAGCGGGUGCCUUAGGCCUCUUUUAUAUCUUCAAGGACUUAAAUUACUUCAAGAAACAUGGAGUUCCGUACGUGAAGCCUCUUCCAAUAAUAGGAAGUAUGGCACCAAUACUGCUUCGUACUCAAUCAAUGGCUGAUUUUGUCAAAUCGGUUUACAAUUUAAACCCUGAUGCCAAGUACGUCGGCAUGUACGAUGUCAAGACUCCAAUUGUAAUGCUUCGCGAUCUUGAGCUUAUUAAAUCUGUGACGUUGAAACAUUUUGACAUGUUUAUGGACCACAUUGGUUUUAUUGACGAAAAUCAAGAUACAUUUUUUGGUAAAAACCUCGUUGCUCUUCGUGGAGAGAGAUGGCGUGAGGUACGAUCCGUAUUGAGUCCGGCUUUUACAUCCAGUAAAAUGAAAAAUAUGUUUAAGCUGAUGUCGGAUUGUGCUGUUGAUUUUGGUAAUUAUUUGGCACAAUUGCCACCGGAAAAGAAGACUAUGGAAAUGAAAGAUGUCUUCACGAGAUAUACGAAUGAUGUAAUCGCCACUUGUGCCUUUGGUAUUAAGGUAGAUUCUAUGAGAAAUCCGAAAAAUGAUUUCUUUGUUUACGGUACGGAGGCAACCAAUUUGAGAGGUUUUAUUCUUUUUAAAUUCUUGAUAAUUAGAAAAUUGCCUCAGUUAGCAAAAAUACUUAAAAUGACACUUAUUCGUGAAAAAAUAGCAGAUUUCUUCCGAGAUAUCGUGAAAACUACUGUAAAAGCUAGAGAUGAAAACGGCAUCGUUCGACCGGACAUGUUACAAUUGAUGAUGGAGACCAGAAGUAACGGUGGUAAGACAGAAUUGAGUAUCGAUGAUAUGGUGGCACAGGCGUUUAUUUUCUUCUUUGGAGGCUUCGACAGUACCUCAACGUUAAUGUGCUUUGCCGCUCAUGAAAUCGCGAUGAAUCAAGAUAUACAGAAGAGACUUCAAAAUGAGAUUGAUCAGGUCUUGGAAGAUACAAAUGGGCAAGUACCCUAUGAGGCUGUUAACGGCAUGGCAUAUCUAGAUGCUGUAAUCAGUGAAGCUUUGAGGAUGUAUCCAGGUGGCGUAAAUCUGGACAGGUUGUGCUUAAAAGAUUUCGAGUUACCACCUGCGUUACCAGGAAUGAAACCGUUAACUGUAAAAAAAGGACACGGUAUAUGGAUACCGGUUUACGGACUUCAUCAUGAUCCUCAAUACUUUGAAGAGCCAGAGAAGUUUGAUCCGGAGCGGUUUCUUGGUGAACGGAAGAAGCACAGUCUCAACAGCGGUGCCUACCUUCCUUUCGGUCUUGGUCCCAGAAUGUGCAUAGGUAACAGGUUCGCAUUGCUGGAAACGAAGGUUCUACUUUUCCAGUUGUUAGCACGUUGCGAUCUGAAUCCUUGCGAGAAGACACCGAUACCGAUCAAAAUUGCUAAGGAUGGCUUUAUCUUGAGACCUGAAGGUGGUUUCUGGUUAAAUGUAACACCAAGGAAAAAUACGCAUCACUCCAUUACCGUUAAUGUUACUAAUUGAACACGCAUGUAAAAAGAAAGAAAUUAGUUUAUUUAACCCUUUCAUAUCUCUAUAUAUACAUCUCACCUAUGAAAAAAAUCAUAACAUUUAAACAAGUAAUCCUAUCGACUUUUAUCUUGGUUUGUUUUAAUGAAGGUUUUAAGGAAACUACAUGUAAAAGAUAUGCAUACUUUGUUAUGUAAUAUUAUUGUUUUAUAUGUAUAACGCUUAUUUUAAAUGUAAUUACGUAUAAUUAUAUGUAAAAAAUUUUUUCCCAUAUAAGUUAAAUACAUCUUUGGAAAUACGUUCGAACAAUUGAAUUAAAGAACAAUCUGGUCUUAUUAAAUUUUUUUAUGUGUUAUGUAUAUCAUUUUAGUAAAAAAAAUGUAUAUUUACACACUUGACAUAUACCAUAACAUUUAACUUUAUAUGUCUCUCAUUUAAUUGUAUAUGUUUUAUUUGAUACAUUUUUUAUUUAAUUUUAAUGUAUUUGACUGUGAAAAUGUACUGUGGCUAACAACGAAGAGCUGAAAUAAGGAUAACAGAAAUUUCUCUAUCAAGA